AUGCAAAUCAUUAAGCCCCUCCUCAUUUCCGAAGAAGAGCUGCAGCUUGAGGGUCAAGUCAGGAGACACGACCUGCUGCUGCAGCAGAGGCAGCAGCAGCACCAGCACAACCUGCUCCUGCAGCAGCAGCAGCACGACCUGCCUCUGCAGCAAAGGCAGCAGCAGCGCCAGCGCGAUCUCCUGCUGAAGCACACGCAGCAGCAGCACCCGCGCGACCUGCUGCUGCAUCAGACGCAGCAGCAGCACCAGCACGACCUGCUGCUGCAGCAGACGCAGCAGCAGCACAAGCGCAUGCAGCUGCAGCAGGAGAACACUUUAGCUGAUUCCGAGAAGGCUUUCCUUUGCGGUGCUUUUCACCCGCAGCAGCGGUGGCUGGAAGCUGACGACGCAGAGGAAGCUUUGCUGCAGCAGCUGCUGCUAGAACAGCAGAAGCACCAACAGCUGCAGCAGCAACAGCGACAGCAGCAGCAGCAGCAGCAGCAGCAGCAGCAGCAGCUUUUAGAACAGCUAGAGAAUGAAAUGGCUCCUUCUGAUUUGCCAUUUGCCCCCACCCCUAAGCAGCAGCAGCUGUUGGAGGAAGAGGAAGACAUGGAAGAGCUACUGCAGCAGCAGCUGCUACUUGUGCAGCAGAAGCAGCAGCAACUGCAGCGGCGAAGUAUCCAGCUAAGGGCUACGUCGCCGGCAGCAGCAGCAGCAGCAGCAGCAGCGCAGGAGAAGCGCAGCAGCAGACGGCUAACUUCUCCUUCAAGAAGACAGUUGUCCAUGAGGCGGAGGCAGCAGCUUGCUGGUGUCUUUGCUGCAGCGCGCCCCAAGAGCAGCAGCUGCAGCAGCAGCAGCAGGUCUCCCAGUUCGCCGGCGUCAGCAGCAGAGAGCAGCAGAGAGUUGUCGCCGCCGCAGCAAGUCAGGCAGAAGCUGCGUCUACCCACUGCAGCAGCAGCAGCAGCAGCAAGGAGCAGCAGCAGGCAUGGGCCACGCAAAUGCGAUGAUGCCGAAGCUCAUUCUAAUUCCUCCGAGCAGCAGCAGAACCCGCAGAAGCAGCAGCAGCAGCAGCAAGCCGACAGGAACCUGAAGAAUGCCCACCAAAAGAAGGCGCAGCAGCAGCAGCAGGACCAGCACCCGCAGCAAGCCUCUGAGCAGUUUACUGCGUUGGAGCUGACGCUGCAACGCAUCUUUGGGGUGCGUGCAGCAGACCCGGAGGGUCACGAGGAGGACAGUGCUGCUGCUGCUGCCAGCGCAGCCCUUGCUGCAGCAGCUGCUGCUGCUGCUGUGAGAGCAACAGCAGGGCAGCAGCAGCAAAUGGGAGUGUCCAUGGAGAAGCGCAGAGCCCUGGCUGAAAAGCUGAGAAGACUGGCUCAGGAGCUUCAAGGCGAAGAGGGUCUGCAGCAGCAGCAGCAGCAGCCGCAGCAAGACCAUCAACAGCCGCCAGAGCAGCAGCGCCAGCAGCAGCAAGAGCAGCAGCAGCAGCAGCACGAGCAGCAGCAGCAGCAGGAGGUGCCUUCAAGUGCCAAUCUGCAAAGAAGCAACGCUCUUUCUCCCCUUGAUUGCGAGAGCAGCAGCAAUGACAGCAGCAGCAAUGACAGCAGCAGCAGCAGCAGCCCAGCUGAAGAUGGGUUUCCUCUUUCCUCACUGAAAGAGCAGCAGCAUAUAGGGCAAGAUGGCGAGGACAGCGACUCCCCCCUAUCUAAGGCCCAAGAUCCUAAGGCAGCAGCAGCAGCAGCAACAGAAGCCACAGCAGCAGUAGCAACACCACCACCAGCAGCAGCAGCAGCAGAAGUAGCAACUCCAGCAGCAGCAGCAGCAAGGAAAGCAUCACGUUCUGCAGCUUGCCUCCGACAGCGGAGCAGCAGCCAAGUCAAGGCAUUAGGCUUGUCUCAAGAGAGCCGAAGUAAUCCUGCAGCUGUUGCAGCUGCAGCAGCAGCAGCAGCUGCUGCUGCUGCAGCAGAGGAAGCUGCAGCGAAGCCGACAGCAACACCUAUGGCCGUCGAGAAUGAGCAGCAGCAAAAGGUUCUUGAUGUGCUCGACGCUCUCAUGAAGCAAAUUGAGGCUUCGCAAGGUCUAUCUGCUGCUGCUGCUGCUGCACCAGCAGCAGCAGCAGCAGCAGCAGCAACCGCAUCAGUAGCAGCAGCAAAAGAAACACAAAGUGUCUCAUCUUUUUUUCCCAACGAGGACCCAGAAGAAGCCCAGCAAGAGGGCUGCUUCAGCGCCCAAGGCAUUUUAGCAGCAGCAACAGAAGUUGCUGCUGCUGCUGCAGCUGCAGCAAAAGGCGCUCCAAAGGGGGACUGCCUGCGCGAGGGGGCUCUGAGGCAGACAGCUGCGCCCAGGAG